AUGAAAUUUUCAGCCAUCAUUUUCUUGAUCGUUGCCCUUUUGGCUUCAAUUGCAUUCUCUGCUCCAGCCGAAUCCAAAAAGGAUUACGAAAAGGACUUUAAAACAGUUUGUCAAAAUAUUGAAUUUAAGAAACCUGUCGAUGGUAUCAUUUAUAAGAUCAAUAGUACUCAAGUUGCGGAUUUCGUUCUCCCCAAAGAUUGUAUUGACUUAUUCGGUCAUAAAUUGUUUGUCACUCUCGAAGUUUUCAGUAUUGGCGCCAACGCAGUAGUUGAUACUAUCGUUGAGUUUGAAUAUAUCUAUAAUCGUCCUACCGUCUUCCUUUACUUGAUCGAUAAAGUAUGGGCUAAUGAUAAUGCCCAAUAUUUCCUUAUAGCCACCAUCUUUCAUAAAGAUUACUAUGUCCAAACCGAAAACAAAAAAGAAUAUGAGGAUGAAUUUUACAAGUAUUGUCAAAACAUUGAAUUUAAGAAACCUGUUGAUGGUGUCAUGUACAUGAUCAAUAGCACUCAAGUUGCGGAUUUUGUCAUUCCCAAGGAUUGUAUGGAAAAAUAUGGUUCUUAUUUGAUGACCACUGUCGAAAUUUUCAGUAUCGGCGGCAACAAAGUCAUUGAUACCAUCAUUGAACAGGAAUAUAACUACAAUCAUCCGAAUGUCUUUCUUUACUUGAUCGAUAAAGUGUGGGCCAAUAAGGACGCCAAAUAUCUUCUUAUCGCUUCACUUCAUUAUAACUAUUAUCAUGUCCAAAGUAAAUCUGGAAUGUUCAUUGUCAAAGAUAAAAAAUAUUAA